AUGUCACAGGCCGCCAAUAUAUCCCUUCAAUCUUCCUCCGUCCGAGAUGUCACCAAGAUGGAACGUAUUGGUGCCCACUCUCAUAUUCAUGGUCUGGGCCUCGACUCCAACCUCGAGCCCCGAGCGAACUCACAAGGAAUGAUAGGUCAAGGUAAAGCAAGAAAAGCUGCUGGUGUCAUAUUGAAAAUGGUGCAAGAAGGUAGAAUAGCAGGUAGAGCUAUAUUAAUGGCUGGUCCUCCAAGUACAGGAAAGACUGCUCUAGCAAUGGGUAUGACUCAAACUUUAGGAUCAGAUGUACCAUUUGUCAUGUUGACUGCAUCUGAAGUAUUUUCAUUGGAGAUGUCAAAAACUGAAUCAUUGACUCAAGCUUUCCGACGUGCGAUUGGAGUGAGAAUAAAGGAAGAGACUGAAUUGAUUGAAGGUGAAGUAGUGGAAAUCCAAGUUGACAGAAGUGUUACCGGGGCAACGAAGACAGGUCGAUUGACACUGAAAACGACGGAUAUGGAGACUGUAUAUGAUUUAGGAUCUAAAAUGAUUGAUCAAUUGCAGAAAGAGAAGGUUUUGGCGGGCGAUGUUGUCAGUAUAGACAAGGCUUCAGGAAGAAUAUCGAAACUGGGUAGAAGUUUCGGUAGAGCAAAAGAUUACGAUGCCAUGGGAGCAGACACUCGAUUCGUCGCAUGUCCAGACGGCGAACUUCAAAAUAGAAAGGAAGUCGUUCACACCGUAUCUUUACAUGAGAUUGACGUUAUCAACUCUCGUACACAGGGUUUCUUAGCUUUGUUUGCUGGUGAUACUGGAGAGAUCAAGCCUGAGUUAAGAGAUCAGAUCAACACCAAAGUAGCGGAAUGGAGGGAAGAGGGUAAAGCCGAAAUUGUUCCAGGUGUCUUAUUCAUAGAUGAAGUGCACAUGCUAGAUAUAGAAUGUUUCUCUUUCUUAAAUAGAGCAAUGGAGAACGAGUUAGCACCUUUAGUAGUCAUGGCAUCAAAUAGGGGUAUAACAAGGAUAAGAGGUACAAAAUACAAAUCACCUCAUGGUAUUCCGGUAGAUUUAUUGGACAGAAUGUUGAUCAUCUCAACAAAGAAAUAUGACGAAGAUGAGAUCAGAGAGAUUGUUAAGAUAAGAGCUGAAGAAGAAGAUGUAAAACUCUCCAUUGAAUCUUUGGAUCUUCUAGCUACAAUGGGUAUUCAGACUUCAUUACGUUAUUCGCUCAAUUUGAUCGCUCCUUCUCACCUUAUAGCGCAAAGAAGAAAAUCACCUCAAGUGGAUGUAGAAGAUGUUAGAUUAGCAUACAAGUAUUUCUGUGACGUUGAAAGAUCUGCUCAGUACGCAAAGGAAACCACUGGAAUGAUGUUCGGUGAAACUGAAGAAAUCGGUUCGAAUGGAAUGCAAGUUGAUCAAUAG